AUGUUCCCGCCAUUUUUAAUUUCCCUGCGGAUCUCCUCCGUCGCAUCUUUCGUGCUACACCUGCACGACUCUUGCCAAACGAUGGUUGCGCCAGGCCAAAACGCGGGUCUCUCUCCUCCCCCCCCCGUCGCCAUCUCUUUUCCCCCCGCCCAUGCAUUCGUCGGCCCAUCGCUCACCACGUCGUCUUUAGCUCUCUCCCCGAAACGCCCUCCCCCCGCCAUUCCUCCCUCCCCUCCGUGCACUUUUCCUGUCACCUUCGCGCUCUCCCUCUCGUCGCCUGCGCGCUCUCCCUCCCGUCCCCUUCGCGCUCUCCCUCUCGUCGCCUGUGCGUUCUCUCUACCUGCUCUCCCUCCCGUCGCCUUCGCGCUCUCCAUCCCGUCGCCCUUGCAAUGUCCCCUCCCAUCCCGUCGUUCGCCUCCUCUCCCCUCCUAUCCCGUCGUUUGCCUCCUCUCCCCUCCCAUCCCGCUGUUCGCCUCCUCUCUCCUCUUUCGUCCCGUCGCUCCUCCGCUCUCCUCUUUCUUCCCGUCGCUCCUCCACUCUCCCCUCACUGGCCGUUGUUCCUCUCUCUCUCCCCAUCGAUAUCAUUCUAUCCGUUGGUGA